AUGCACAACCCAGUAACCAAUAAUUUUAAUUGUGACAAUUUACUCAGUUCAGCUACCGCUAUAGUUGAAAAUUUACACCGAAAGAAAACACAGGUCUUAAAUUCCAUUGGACACGUAAUUACUAAACGUAGUGCUUUAACUAAAUUCGUAACAAAAGCCGCUAGGUUGAUAUACGGAAUUUGUAAUUUAGAAUGCAUACAAAAAUUUAACUUUAAUAUAGGAGUAGCUAAAAACACAUCACAAUAUAAACUAAUUAAAGAUCAAAUUAAGGUAGUAGAACUACAACAUAUUUUAGAACCACACAACAACAUAACUAUGUUGCCUUUAACGUUAUCCGCAAACGGAACCACAAACAUUACAAAAGAACAACAAAUAAAAAAUUAUUUAACAAAACAUUUUAUACACGUUAACUUAUUAAUUACAAAACAUAUGUUAGAAACGAAUACGAUAUUAGAAACUAUACAGCAAGCAAAAAUAGGAGUUAUCCACCCAAGUUUAAUAACGCCACAAGAGCUAUUAGAACACGUCAAAGACAUUAAAGUAUCUUUACCAGGGGGGACGGAUUUACCCACUGACUUAGACAUUACUAACAUUUACGAACUGGUGAAACUCUCAGAUAUUGCUAUUUAUUAUGCUAACGACAACCUAGUUUUUAUAAUAUCUUUACCAUUAAUUUAUCAAAACGACUUUAUUUUAUAUAAUUUAAUACCUGUACCAGUAUGUAUUGACAAUGAUUGUGCUUAUAUAAAACCUAGUAAUAAGUAUAUAGCUAUAAGUAAAUCUAAAGAACAUUAUGCAACUUAUGACGAAUUUUACUACACUCAUUGUAAACACGCUAGAGAUUUCCUAUUAUGUCCUGAAGGUAAUCCUUUACAUCCUCGUAAUAUACGACCCACAUGCGAAGUACUAUUAUUGCAAGAUCCAGCCAAAGUUCCAAAUAGUUGUGAAGUGAUGCAUGUGCAAAUAGGUAGAACUAUCUUUCAUAAAAAGAGAUUCAAAAAUGAAUGGAUAUACGUGACUAACUAUGACGUACUAUUUGUUACCUGUGAUGAAGACAAGGAAUCGACUAGCCACACACUCAAAGGAGUAGGAAUUAUACACCUCAACGAAACCUGCAAAGGUUACGCCACCAGAGACAUACUGAUACCGGGUAAGGUUGACUACAAAUCCGAAUAUAUGGAUUUCAACCCACGGUCAAUGAUAGACCGUAAUCACAACUCACCACGCAUAGAGACCAACAAUUUAAUGGAGGAUUAUCAUGUCAAAACCAAUAAUAUGGACGACUUACAUAUAGUAUCCAACUCUAAAAAACAAUUGGACAACCAGAAUAAAAUUAACACAAAAAUCGAGCAACUUCAAGACUUACAACAAUUAUUUAAUUAUGUAUUAUAUAUAGCCAUAGGCUUUAUUACAAUACUGAUGAUGAUAACAAUCAUACGCUGUGUUAAAACAAAAACAACAGAAACAUACAAAAACAAGUCUCCAGACCACAUUCAAGAAGAAAGCGAAAAACUUAAUAAACCAACAACGCAUAGAAGCGACGACGUAAUCGAGUUACCACUCACACCAAGAAAUAGCCCGAAGGCCCAAUAUGCAAAAUUACAACCUUAUGGUUUUCAUUAA